AUGGCGGCGGCGGUUCCCGCUGCGGACGCGGAGCCCCCGUGUGGGCCCGGGACCCCGCAGGGCGCCCUCCGGCGGACACGGAGCGCCCGGUGCGAACGCGGCGCCCCCCGGCGGCCUCGGGGACAGCGGCACGAGGGGGGCGGGGCCAGGAGGGGAGGGGUCGGCACAGGUGCGAGGGGCGGGGGCACAGAGUGCGGGGAGGGCGCACGGGGCGCGUGCGCAGCUCGGGACAGCAGAGCGCGUGCGCGGGUCGGGGCCGCCUCAGGUGUGGCGGGGCGGGGCCGGCACAGGUGCGAGGGGCUCCAGAGCGACUGCGCGGGGCGGGACCGAGGGCAUUUAAACCCCGGAAGGGCGGCGGCCGCCAUUUUCUCCCCAGAGCCGGGAGGAGGUGGCUGCGGCCGCUGCGCCGCGGGGCUCGGGGCGCCGGAUAAUAAAGCCCAGAGGGGCCGGAGCCGCGCCCCCGGCGGGAAAUCCCCUCACGGGGCCGGAGCCCGCGAGAGUGGAGAGAAGGAGACGGGAGAGAGAAACGGAGAGGAGAGAGAAGCAGAAAGGAGCGAAAAGCAGAGGGGAGAUAAAAGCAGAGAGGGGACAGAAGCAGAGAAAGGAGAGAUAAAAGCAGAAUGGAUAGAUAAAAGCAGAGGAGAGAGAAGCGCCUCACCGCAGCGGCCGCAGCCGCCUCCUCCCGGCUCUGGGGAGAAAAUGGCGGCCGCCGCCCUUCCGGGGUUUAAAUGCCCUCGGUCCCGCCCCGCGCAGCCGCUCUGGAGCCCCUCGCACCUGUGCCGGCCCCGCCCCGCACACCUGAGGCGGCUCCGACCCGCGCACGCGCUCUGCUGUCACGAGCUGCGCACGCGCCCCGUGCCCCCGCCCCUCGCACCUGUGCCGACCCCUCCCCUCCCUGGCCCCGCCCCCCUCGUGCCGCGGUCCCGGGGCCGGGCGGGGGCGCCGAGUCCGCAACGGGAACCGCCGCCGCCAUCGCGGGCCCGGAACCGAUCCCGGGCCCGAGACCGAUCCCGGGCCCGGAACCGAUCCCGGACCCGAGACCGAUCCCGGGUCCGAGGCCGCCUCGAUCCGCCCGAUGGGGGAUAG